UGAUAAACCAACUUCUUCGCGGUAGCGGGAAAUGGCAGUUAGCUUUCAGACACUGUCGCGACGGUCGUCCCUAUAAAUACACGCAGCAACGUCUUCGCAACUAGCUCUCCAUUUCCUUCCCCAUCUCUUUCUCCUCGUUACGUACGUUAGGAAUUGAAGGUUUCUGUAUUGAAGAGUCCAAAGAGUUUGUGUCCAAUACUUGGAUAAUUAGUUUGUUUCUGUCGAGAUUUCCUUGUAAUUUGAAGUGGUAGCAGGGCUGAUUGCUUACUAAACACCGGUUACUUGGCAUUCAUGGCAACAGUCCGUGAUUCUGUAAAGAAGGUAUCUGGUAACCACAUUGAGUUCCGACCAAUCCAGAGUCAAGCUGGCAGUGGACUCCAUUCAAGGGGGAGUUCAUUCAAUGGAUGUUGCUCAAUUCAAAAGGGAGUACAUGGAAGCCUCCCACAUAACAAAAAGGUUAAGGUUGUCUUUGUCCUGGGAGGCCCAGGAAGUGGCAAGGGUACUCAAUGUGCAAAUAUUGUUGAACAUUUUGGUUACACCCAUUUGAGCGCUGGGGAUCUCCUUCGAGCAGAGAUCAAGUCUGGUUCUCAAAAUGGGAUCAUGAUUCAGAGGAUGAUUAAAGAAGGAAAAAUCGUUCCUCCCGGGGUAACAAUUGCCCUUCUCCAAAGAGCAAUCCAGGAAACUGAGAAUGAUAAAUUUCUUAUUGAUGGUUUCCCUCGCAAUGAGGAAAACCGUGAAGCUUUUGAACGUAUUACUGGAAUUCAGCCAGAUUUUGUCCUCUUCUUUGAUUGUACUGAAGAAGAGAUGGCGAGGCGCCUUUUGAACCGGAACCAGGGCAGAGAAGAUGACAACAUUGUUACUAUAAGGAAGAGGUUUAAUGUUUUCAAGGAAUCUACGCUCCCAGUUAUUGAAUAUUACAAGUCAAAGGGCAAGGUUCAAAAGAUUGAUGCUGUCAAGCCUCCAAAUGAAGUUUUUGAAGCAGUCAAGGCAGUAUUCACAGGUGGGAAGGUAAAGCAGCGCUGCAAUGGCUUGGAUAAAGUCAAUAUCCCUUGCUAUGCAUGGAGAAUGAUGUUUAGGAGAUCGAUAGUGUAAUUCUGCUUGUAAGAUUUGUUGCCAUAAGCCCAUAAUAAUAGUUGCAUUACCAUUCUGUAAA